AUGCUUGAAAAAUUUGGAGCUGACAUAAGCAAAGCUCUUCAGGCAAAAAGAAAACGCAUAGAAAUGUGCACAAAAUCUUCAUUAGAAAACAGAAACCAUAAAAUUGAACAGAUCUGGAAUACACAAAAAAAUGACAGGAAGAAACUGAAUGAUGAGUACAACAAGCAGUUUGAAGCAAUCUUUCAGCAGUGGGAGAAUGAUAUCCAGAAAUCGAAAGAUCAAGAAGACAAGCUGGGAAACUUGUACAGACAACAACAGAAACUGUUUCAGCAAAUGAGGGUGGUACAGGGCCAGAGAGUGAAGACUUUGAAACAGCUCAUGGACCAGUUUUUGAAGAGCUUGGAAGAACUGGAGCAAGCUCAUUCUGCACAACAUUCAUCUGUACAAAAUGAACUUCGUAAAGAGAUGGCUCUUUUUCAGAAGAAGAUUUUAAUGGAAACGCAACAACAAGAAAUGGCAAAUGUGAGAAAAUCUCUACAAUCCAUGUUGUUGUAAGGCUUUCAAGACU